CACAACAAUGAAGGAGACAAACACUUGGAAAAUGGUUGGGAAGUCCCUGAUUGCUGGUCUGGUGGUCCUUCUGGUGGCUGCGGUGAGCCUGUUCCUGGGGGUGUUCAUGGGCCUGGGGAAGAAAAACACUCCUCCCCCCUCGGACCACUUCUACUCAAAGGCUGCUGUGGCUGCUGAUGCUGGAAAGUGUUCAGAAGUGGGGAGGGACAUUCUGAAGAAAAACGGUUCGGCCGUGGAUGCUUCCAUCGCUGCCCUGCUGUGUGUCGGCCUUCUGAACGCUCACAGCAUGGGCAUCGGAGGAGGGCUCUUCUUUGUCAUCUACAACGCAACCACGGGGAGGGUGGAAACCAUCGAUGCGAGGGAGACGGCGCCCAUGAACGCCACUGAAGACAUGUUUGGCAACAACACCAAGCUCUCUCGUACAGGUGGACUGUCCAUAGCCAUCCCCGGGGAGAUCCGCGGGUAUGAGAUGGCACACAAGAGGCAUGGCCGGCUGCCGUGGAAGGACCUGUUCGAGCCCAGCAUCGCCUUGGCUCGCGACGGUUUCCCGAUAGGAAAAGCGUUGGCUCACGCCAUCUUCAAGAGCAAAGAUUCCAUUCAAAGAGACGCCAACAUGUGCGAGGUGUUCUGUGAUUCUCAGAGAAACAUCCUGAAGGAAAACGACAUUGUUAAAUUUCCAAAGCUGGCCGACACGUACCAAAGAAUAGCAGACGAGGGACCGGAUGUGUUUUAUAACGGCUCGAUGGCACAGAGCAUCGUGGAGGACAUCCAGGCGGCAGGUGGCAUCAUCACCCCUGAUGAUUUGUUGGAGUACCAGCCUGUGCUCAAUGAAAACCCUCUGAGGCUGAACGUUGGGGAAUACACCAUGCACGUCCCAGACGCCCCCUCCAGCGGCCCCGUGCUGGCGCUCAUACUCAACAUAGUGGAUGGAUACAACUUCACAGGCACGAGCGUGUCGACAGCAGAGAAGAAGACUCUGACGUACCAUCGCAUCGUCGAGGCUUUUCGAUUUGCUUACGCCAAGAGGAGCCGACUGGGGGACCCACGAUAUCUCAACAUCACUGAUCUCAUCCACAACAUGACCUCAGACUACUUUGCGGACGGCAUAAGAAGUAAAAUUACAGACGACACCACUCAUCCGGACAGCUACUACGAGCCAGACUAUUUCGUCCCAGACAACCACGGGACGGCUCACCUGUCGGUCAUAGCGGAGGACGGGAGCGCCGUGGCGGCCACCAGCACCAUCAACCUAUACUUUGGCUCCAAAGUCAUGUCUCGAUCGACUGGGAUCAUUUUCAACGAUGAAAUGGACGACUUCAGCUCUCCGUACAUGACCAACGGGUUUGGAAUCCCUCCUUCACCGAACAAUUUCAUCCAACCAGGCAAGAGGCCGCUGUCUUCCAUGUGUCCUACAAUCAUCUUCGACAAAGAAAACAGAGUGAAAAUGGUCGUCGGAGCGUCCGGCGGCACGAAAAUCACCACGGCCACCGCUUUAGUCAUCCUGAACUCCUUGUUCUUCAACUACGACCUAAAGAAAGCUGUGACGGAGCCGCGAGUUCACAAUCAGCUCAACCCAAAUAUGACAGUAGUGGAGCAGGGCUUCGAAAAGAGCGUCCUGGAGGGUCUGGUCCAGAAGAACCACGUAACACAGCUGCUGCGGACUCCGGACUCCGUGGUCCAAGCGGUGGUGCGGCAGGGAGAGCGGCUCUGUGCCGAGUCCGACCCCAGGAAAGGAGGCUAUCCAGCGGGAUACUGACCUCAGGUCCUCCUCCGCCGCUCUCCGUCUGGACAGUCUCCUCGAAGACACUCGGACGGAGCGGCGACACAAAGUCUGCACUGAAGACUCCAGCAGUGUUUAAGCUAAGAGACUCGGCGAGAUGAAUCUCAAACGACUCAUCACAGAACCUCUUUUUACUCAAACUCAAUUUUACAGCAGUACUUCUUGUUUUGGAAUUAUUUUUUGAGUUUUGAAGUAAACUGAGAGGUUGCACCUAGUUUGACUCGUGUAUCAUCACUACUGGGAACCGGUCAGGACGGUGAUGAUCUGCUUUAUUUAAUAACCCUAUUUUAUGUACCACACAGUGCCAAACACACUGAAAACAACAAGUAAGUACCAAUAAUAAUAAUAAUAAUAAUAAUAAUAAUAAUAAUAAUAAUAAUAAUAAUAAUAAUAAUAAUGGCCAAUGAUCAUGUCAAAAUGAAUAAAUGUUCUAGGUAAGAAUCUGAGUGGUUGUAGGACGUCCGUUUAGUAUUUUCAUUUCUUUUAUUGUCGAAGGAAAAAAGAUUGUGAAUAAUUGGACAAUUUGUCUGAAAACUGCAGUGUGUGUGUGUGUGUGUGUGUGUGUGUGUGUGUGGGGGGGGGGGUCGUUUUAAUGUCAAACCAUUAAUUAAUUCUAAGUAGACGUGAAGGCAGGUAGAACCACGAACACAAGGACACCUCAGGUCGUUUGCCUGUCCCACCUGAUCGUCUCCUCACAUCUCUCUCCUGAUGACUCAACAGGAACUGUGCUGUUUUCUACCGUCACUCUUUAUUCAAACGAUUACUUUUGAACUGUAAAUGUUUAAUAUCGAGUAGAGGUUCAGUGAAUGUAUAGUGUGUUCUGAAAAAUACAUUUGCAGAUAUAUUUUUCUAAACAUGCAUUGUUCUUAUGCCAUGUUUUGUUGCCAUGCUUGUUAUUAAACAUUUUGAACAAAGAUGUUAUAUUUUACCAGACGGACCCUCUGGGUAUUUCUGUGCUGCUUCUGUGCUGGAAUAUUUGGCACAAAAUCACUUAAUCGCAUCUUUUAUUUAAAGGUUCUGGCAUUUUUGCUCAGUUAAUGACUUUAAAUGGAUUCAUCCACUCACGUUUUUUAGCACCUGAACAUUCACAGUGAACAAAGUUUUUGAGGACGAGGGUUCAGUCACGGUCGAAUGAGGUAAACAGAACCUGUGCAGGACUCAGGACCCCUGAAGAGUCUUUCACCGUCCACUGAGUUUCAAUCAGCAUUCAGUAAAUAUCUCCACUCAUGUGUGCUCUUUGAGCAAAUGAAACACCAAGUAGCAGUCACAAUGAGAACGUCUGUUUGCCUUUGGGUAAAAGGCUCAAUCUGAGAAAUGUCAGCUGUUUGUCAUUCAUGACUUUCAGAAGGUAAAAAUAUCGUCUUAGCUUCUUUUCAUCAGGUUUUUAAAACAUCCCUCUGCUUGUGUAAGUUUCUCUGCUGCAUUAAAACCACUCAGUAACCAGCAGCAUUUCAUCUGAACAUUAAGCUUUCUGCACAGCCUGAUGGAAAACAAUUCCCCCAAAAUCAGAAAUCCAGAUUUUCCUGUAGUGGACUAUUUAUCCACUCAGACUGUUUGGUACUUUCUCGCCAAUAUAAUGGAACUAGAUGGCACUCAGCGUGUGGUGCUCAACGUGGCAAACACACACACACAAAAAAACCUUUUGAAAAACUCAACAGCUGCGUCUCUUUACUGAAAUCAUGACCCAGUUUCAUGUAUGAACAAUUUUCCUACAAAAAAAAAGAAAAAAAAAAGUCAGGACGUACUGAUGGACCAGAGGCGUGCGCUCAUGACGGGGAUGUAAACAUUAGAGGCAAGUUCUCC